AUGACAUCCAAAGAAGUCGCCAAAUGUGAUGCGGUCGAGAAUAGGAGGCGAAGUCCGUUGGACCAUCUUCCUCCGCCUGCAAACUCGAAUAAGCCCCUGACACCGUUCAGUAUCGAAGACAUUCUCAACAAACCCUCCGUGAAACGAAGUUACACCAUUUGUGGGACAGCACACCUGAUUUCAUCGGCUGAGAAGCACCGUUCGUCCAGCAUCUCUGCUCUGUCCAACAGGGCACUGCUCACACAAACCUCACCACUCUGCGCCCUGGAAGAACUAGCCAGCAAAACCUUCAAGGGACUCGAAGUUAGCGUGCUACAAGCAGCUGAAGGUAAAUAUGAUGGUAUUUAUGGCCUUAUGUCGAUAUUACUUUCAUAACAUUGCAAUGCACAAUUUAAAGGGAAUGUAUUAUUUUUCAUUUAAUCUGCGAAAUUAUAACGAUGUAGGGGGCUUAUUCGAGUAUGAAAAAAAAAUGUAUGCACUCACUAACUGUAAGUCGCUCUGGAUAAGAGCGUCUGCUAAAUGACUAAAAUGUAAAAUGUAAAUGUAGAUGUAAUAUUUUAUCUAAAAAUAGGCAUUGAACAUUAGGUUUUAAACAAGAUUAUUUGCCAGAAAAUGUAACCUUUUAUCUAUUCUGUGCGUAAUUUGGAAAUGUGAAAAAGAGGCUAUUCAUGAAUUGACCAGCUGUAAUUUUGUAAUUUUUCUCUUUAUGAUGAAUGCAUAACAUUAGGUCUACAUGUAUAUGUGAUAUAUAGGCUAAUAUAAGUAAUACAAAACAUAGAUAAUUGAUUUGGGGUCAAAUGUCUCAAAAUAUGUUUACAAUUUUAACAAUGUAUAUUUGUUUGUGCAGGGAGAGACGGUAUGACACUAUUUGGGCAAAGAAACACCCCGAAGAAGCGAAGGAAGUCCAGGACAGCCUUCACCAACCACCAAAUCUACGAAUUAGAGAAAAGAUUCCUGUAUCAGAAAUAUUUGUCUCCCGCUGACCGAGACCAAAUCGCCCAACAAUUGGGUCUAACGAACGCCCAAGUCAUCACGUGGUUCCAGAACAGGAGAGCCAAACUAAAGCGGGAUCUGGAAGAGAUGAAGGCGGACGUGGAGUCGGCCAAAGCUAUAGGUGACGGUAUUGUACCUCUGGAGAAACUCGCCAAGCUCGCUGACCUCGAGAAAUGUGCCAAUGGAACGCUCGGACAUCACCCGCGAGCCGAUUCUCCCGCGCAGAGUGGCCAACAAGAGUACGAGCUCGCUCGCAAACUGCGGAUGUCCCCCCUGUCGCCAUUUUCAGACCACACAACAAGUAAAGAAUGCUCAGAGGACGACGAAGACGUGGAAAUUGAUGUGGAUGACUGA